AUUAAAACUGGUUGAGUCAGAAGAGCAGAGUGGAGACAGACGAGGGAUUGAGCAUUUUGAGUAGUAUUAGAUGCUGGCUGCUGGCUGCUGGGUGAUGGGUGCUGCUGGGAUCUGGGCGGGAGACGAGCGCGUCGAGAUCAGGAUCCUCCUUCACCACCAGCUAAACAGCUCAGCUCGUUCAGUACUCCAGACAAUAACUCUCACCGUCUCUGCUCUGCACCGUCAAACAGACCGCAACUCCUUAGCUCCACUCCACUCCACUCUACAGCAUGGCAAAAGUAGCAGCGGAAGCGGGGCAGACAGCAGCUGGUUCCCCACUUAAACCUGAUAAGGUUGUUGUCCAUCUUCCGUCUUCAUUCAAGCUUCCUCCCAAGCUACACCACCCCGCAUCCCCGCAUUUCAUGUAUUUGAAGACGCGGCAACCGCUCUCUCUCGCAAUUUGUCCUGCAGAUCCACGUCUGGCUGCUCUAUAAACAUGUCCACCAAACUCUGCCAGCAAAAAAUCAAGCUCAACACCGGCCAGCUCAUGCCCGCCGUCGGCUACGGCACCUGGCAGGGCAAACCAGACGUCAAUGGCUCGACCGAGCUCCAGGACGCGAUCGUCGUCGCGCUCGAAGAGGGGUACAGACAUAUCGACACCGCGGCCGCGUACGGCGUCGAGCCUGAUGUCGCGGCCGCGAUCAAGAAGUCCGGCGUGCCGCGCGAGGAACUCUUCAUCGUCACAAAGCUCUGGAAUACCGACCACGACGACGUCGAGGCCGCGUUUCUGAAGUCGCUCGAGAAGCUAGACACUGAAUACAUCGAUCUCUACCUGAUGCACUUCCCGCAAGCCAACGGCGCCGGCGGCGUAGCGCUCGAACAUCCAACUCCCGCAGAGACAUGGCUGAACAUGGAGGCCGUGAUCAAAAAGUACCCGACCAAGCUGCGCGCCAUCGGCGUCUCCAACUUCUCCAAAAAGACAAUCGACCAGCUUCUCGAGGUCGCCACAAUCAAACCCGCAGUCAACCAGGUCGAAGUCAACCCGAUGUGGCCGCAGCCCGAACUGCGCGCGUACUUUGAAGGUCUGGGGAUCCACAUCACCGCGUACUCCCCGCUCGGCCAGUGGGACUCGCCUCUGCUGACAGACCCCGAGAUCGCGGCCAUUGCGGCAAAGUACAACGUCGGCGUCGGCACACUGCUGCUCUCAUGGUGCCUCGCCAACGGCGUCUCCGUGAUCCCAAAGUCCGCGCGCAGAGAGCGCAUGCAUGCAAACAUCAAUCUUCUCAAGAACCUCGAGCCGGAAGAUAAAAAGUUCCUGGACGAGUUUCAUUUCAAAGAGGGAAUGCACCGGCGUCUCUGUCUCGCCGGCGACGGAACGCGGCCGACGGGGAAAGAGCUCAUUUUUGGAUGGACUUAUGAGCAGAUGGGAUGGGAGACUUUCUUUGUCGAUACUGACGAGCGACGUCCUAUGUAAUCGUAAUCUAUAUAAUAAUCUACAUAAUCGUAAUCUAUAUAAUCC